AUGGCUCUCUUUGCGAAACUAGCGACAUAUCCCCCGCUUGCUCAGGUCACAGUGGUUCCUCCUACACGAGAUAAAUUCAACUUCACUGUUGUUCUCGAAUCGUCAAAGUCUUUGCCCGAGAGACCCUGGGAGGUUUCAAUAUGGUACGACUAUGGUAGCUACUCCGGUACCCGAUCUUCAUGGCAGGCGCUUGAUCUACAACUCGUGGAUCGUACCCCGGAGAUCCUCUAUGAUGAUACAGAAAAGUCCACGUAUCGCUAUACGUUCUCGGGGGACCUCGACAGUCCAUACGUAUCUCCGGAUAGGACUUACAAGGGUCGCAGAGUACCUUUCACCGUCCGUUAUCGCAUAGACUCGAACUCCGAAUGGCUGUGGGUUUAUCACAAUUUCGGCAUCAGAGACGGUGAAUUGAUUCUACAACCCCCUGUGGACCCGAACUUCCUCGGCGCAUACCCUGUGGAGAUCCUGGACGGUUGGGUCAUCAGGAAAACCCCUAGCGAUGCUCCAGAAGCCCGGCUUUACACAAUCGAAUCCGCUCAUCCUAUCCCGACCCCAGAAGAAGGAAAUGCAAAGCUUGAAUCCCUCAUCCUCGGCCGUGUCACUCAAACCUGCAGGUGGUUCGGUCUGGUGAGAAUAUGGGAACCAUGGCUAGCACCUCGCCACGGCGAAACUCAACUCAACCUAUCUGAACCCGCUAUUCUACUUUCUUUCCUAAGAUCCGACGGUCUGCACGUUGUACUCCUCGCAGUCAACGGCGUGGACGAAGUUCUCACUCAGUUCCAGUCCACCCCACAAGGUGAUAUCGUGGUACAGGCCCGAAAUGAUUCUGAAAAAGAUCAAAAGUUCAAGGUUCUGGCAGCAUCUGCAUGGAAAUUCGAAGUCGCAAAUGCGGCCGUCAUGUACGAGGCUCGCAGACUAGUCCGACAAUCAGCAGCCUAUCAACAGGUGAUUGAACAACUCGAGCAAUUGCCGAAGAGUGUCAGAGCCGAGUCUGUCGAUUCAGACACGGUCAUCAUCAACCAUUCAAAGACGGCAUCAGAAGACCCUCUGCCGGCUCCACAAUGGUUGGAAUCCUGGUAUGACAGCCUUGCAUACUGCACCUGGAAUUCCCUGGGGCAAGACCUCGACGCAGAAAAGAUCAUGGGAGGCCUAGACUCCCUAGCCAAACACGACAUUCACAUUUCAACACUCAUCAUCGACGAUAACUGGCAAUCCCUCGAUGGUGUUCAGGGCGAGACGAACCAGUUCCACCGUGGCUGGAAGGCUUUCGAAGCAAACCCGCUCGGAUUCCCCGAAGGGUUGAAAUCGGCUGUUUCAAAGAUCCGCCAGACUCACCCUGCAAUCCGUGACGUUGCCGUCUGGCAUGCGCUCAUGGGAUAUUGGGGUGGCAUCUCUCCGGAUGGCGAGAUUGCGAACACUUACAAGACAGUUGAAGUCACAUUCCGAGAGGGAACUCCCAUGGCCGGUCGCAAACUUGCGGUCCACCCAGACGAUAUUCACAAGCACUUUGACGACUUUUAUCGUUUCUUGUCGAAUGCUGGUGUGACAGCUGUGAAGACAGACGUCCAAUUCGCUCUCGAUCUCCUUGCAGAUACACCCGAUCGUCGUUCCUUCACCAAUACCUAUCAGUCAGCCUGGACACAAGCCCAUUUACGUCACCUUGCGGGCAAAGCGAUUUCCUGCAUGUCGAUGAUCCCGCAAAUUCUCUAUCACAGCUUCCUUCCCACGACCACCCCUCAAAUAAUGCUACGAAACAGUGACGAUUUCUUCCCUGAUGUCCCUACCUCUCAUGCCUGGCAUGUUUUUGCGAAUGCCCACAAUUCCCUACUUGUACAGCACCUCAAUGUACUUCCGGAUUGGGAUAUGUUCCAAACCAGUCAUCCAUACAGUGGCUUCCAUGCGGCUGCACGCUGCUUGUCCGGUGGACCCAUCUACAUCACCGACAGCCCCGGUGAGCACGAUGUGGAACUGAUACACCAGAUGACAGCCUUGAAUCCGCGAGGCCAGACGGUUAUUCUUCGUCCGAGCUGCGUUGGCAAAACGAUGGGUGUCUACGACAAAUAUGACGAGAGGGGCAUUCUCAAGGUCGGUGCUUAUGAUGGCAAAUCCGAUGUGGGAGCGGGACUGCUAGGCGUGUUCAACCUCGCAGAGUCAGACACGAGCUUCAUCCUGCCCAUUACUAAGUUUCCAGGCGUCAACGCUCCAGCUUCUACUUCUGAUGGCACAGGCAUUUCAAGGAGCAAGUGGAUUGUUCGUUCACACAUCUCCAAGCGUAUAACGUCUCCUAUUCACCCUUCAGAUCCUAUCCGAGCUGACAGUUUGCUUCAAUGCACCCUACCAAUUCGUGGUUACGAUAUCUGGACAGCGGUGCCUGUUCACCAGUUCUUACUUUCUACUCCCAACUCGAAUGUCGAGCUGGCUAUCCUAGGCCUUCUAGGAAAGUUCAGUGGUGCUUGUGCUAUCAUCGGCUCAAGCUUCAGUUUUCCGGAGUCGAGAUCUGAAGGCGAGACACAUGCACAAACAGGGGCUCGCCUGAGGAUACAUGUCCAGUUGAAGGCCUUUGGAGUGCUCGGCAUCUGGCUUUCAGACGUCCAAUCCAAGGCACGCAAAGUGCAAGACAUGAUGGUGUUGAUUCAAGGGAAACCUGUUCCAGAACAUGUGGUGAAGCUCAGCUCCGAGGGUGCUCCCGGCGAAAGUGGUGUUCUGGAAAUCGAUGUUGGCGUGGCAUGGACCGAGAUGAAACUAGACCCCGGUUGGAGUAACGAGGUGGGAGUCGAGGUGUUCUUGCAGUAA